CCGCCGAGGAAGGCCUAGCGCCCACAAACCCAGCCCGGGCCAAUCACGAGCCUAGCGCGGGCGGGGCCGCGCUCCUCACCUGGCUCCGCACGUGUCUCGCUCGCCCGGCUCCUGGGCCAAUCCCGCCUCGCGGAACUGUGCCCGCCUCGCACAGAACGGACCAAUCGGAAGCCACGCUCCGGGGCCGCCAGCCGGGCCUCAUGAAUAAUGGACGCCCCGGAGCCAGUCAGCGGGCGGGGCGCGAAGGAAGCGAGGCGGGGGUGCGGCGGCGCGCUUGCGCAGUGCCGCUCGCGUCGGCAGCUGCGGCAGGUCGCUCGACUCCGGCCCGUCUCGGGGGGCGGGCGGGGGAGGCGAGGCGGGCGGGCGAGCCGGGCACGGGGCACGAUGUCCGACGCGGGCGGCGGGAAGAAGCCGCCUGUGGAGCCGCAGGCGGGACCGGGCCCGGGGCGCUCAGCUGGGGAUCGGGGCCUGCCAGGGUCCUUCCCUCUGGUCCUGAAGAAGCUGAUGGAGAACCCCCCGCGCGAGGCGCGCCUGGAUAAGGAAAAGGGGAAGGAAAAGCUGGAAGAGGACGAGGUGGCCGCAGCCAGCACCAUGGCUGUCUCGGCCUCCCUCAUGCCACCCAUCUGGGACAAGACUAUCCCCUACGAUGGCGAGUCUUUCCACCUGGAGUACAUGGACCUGGACGAGUUCCUGCUGGAGAAUGGCAUCCCUGCCAGCCCCACCCACCUGGCCCAGAACCUGCUGCUGCCUGUGGCCGAGCUAGAGGGGAAGGAGUCGGCCAGCUCUUCCGCAGCCUCGCCGCCAUCCUCCUCCACCGCCAUCUUUCAGUCCUCUGAAACCGUGUCCAGCACAGAAUCUUCCCUGGAGAAGGAGAGGGAGACUCCCAGUCCCAUUGACCCCAACUGUGUGGAGGUGGAUGUGAACUUCAAUCCCGACCCUGCCGACCUGGUCCUCUCCAGCGUGCCCGGCGGGGAGCUCUUCAACCCUCGGAAGCACAAGUUUGCAGAGGAGGACCUGAAGCCUCAGCCCAUGAUCAAAAAGGCCAAGAAGGUCUUUGUCCCUGAUGAACAGAAGGACGAGAAGUACUGGACGAGGCGCAAGAAGAACAACGUGGCGGCGAAGCGCUCGCGGGACGCCCGGCGCCUGAAGGAGAACCAGAUCACCAUCCGGGCGGCCUUCCUGGAGAAGGAGAACACGGCCCUGCGGACGGAGGUGGCCGAGCUGCGCAAGGAGGUGGGCAAGUGCAAGACCAUCGUGUCCAAGUAUGAGACCAAGUACGGGCCCUUGUAACCCGCACCCCUGCCCGGGCAGGGCACUGCCUGCACCUCAGACCUCUGCCUGGGGCUCCCCGGACCCCACGCACGCGUGGAGACUUAGGACUCGUCGUGGGCACGUGGCAGUACCCUGCCCUGUGGGCGUCCACGUCUCAGCUUCAUUAUGACACGGCCAGUGCCCACGCGGGGCGACUUCCCUGGGGAGGCGGCCUCCUGUCGGAAGGGGAGCGUGAGGAGAAUCCAUGUAGACGGGGGAACGGCCGGCCCUCCUGUCCCCCGACGUCUCGGCCGAGUCGGAGGGGGCCCUCCUGAGUCCGGUUCUCUGCUUUCAUAGGGCGCUCAGGCUCCCCCGGCCCCGCAGAGGGCUUUCUCUGCAGAAUGCGUCCCGGUCGCCUCACCCUUACGUCGUCUCAGGUAGCAGGUGCAUUUCCACUGGGGUGCGUCUGUCGUGCACCCCCCUUCCCCCAGAAAGUCUCUGCAAGAAGCAUCCAUUCCCAUCUUCCUUGGAGCUAGCUGAUGCGGGUGCAGCCGCGGGGCAGAGUCGGGGCCUAAGGCCAGCAGGAGAAGUAUCCCCACUUGUUCUUCGUCCCCACACCCCAUUUCUCUGAAGCCAGAGGAGCGAGGCCCUGGCUCCCGCCUCUGUGUCUUCCCUGCAACGGAGGAGAGACUCCAGCAUGGUGGGUCUCGGGGCCCCACUGACCGGUGCCAAGGGAGGAGAGGGAGCCCUUCCGCCUCCUGUCCAGCCAGGCCCGGGAGCCCCGAGAACCUUUUGUUUAUCCCGGGGCCUGGCCUCCUCGCGGGCCCCCUCCACCCAGUAACCACCCUCAGACCUUGGAUUUGAAAAGGAAGUGUUGGCUUCCUGCACCCCAGGCACCUCCCCCUGGCAGUAUUUGGGCAACUGGCCGCCACAGCCCCCCUAUUCUGUGGGCACCGGGGCCGGGGCUGUUUCCUGAGAAGCUCCAUUGUUUUCUUGCUCUGCCCACCAGUGUGGCCCAGGCCGAAGCCUGCUGCCCCUGGGUGCAGAAAAGGGCUUCUCAGCCCUGGUCCCGGGCCCCUCGUGGGGGGCUGCCCGGAGCGGCCAGCAAGGGAGGGCACCUCCGGAGUUGCCAAGGGCACCGCGACUCACUGGACAUUCUUACAGCCCUAGAACCCCCCUCUGGCCGGCCCUCGGGGGCCACCGCACAGGCCAGGCCACGCCAGGCCACGCAGUGGAACGGUGUCCACACCUGUGGCCGUGUCUUUUUCUUGUGUUCCACUGGACGGGAGAGAGUAACUGAGGCAAUUUGUGGAAGCUCCCCCCUGCUCCUUCGAGUCUGGAGGGGGGGGCCCCCCUGGCGGCCACCGUGAGGAAGACGGAGGAGACCGAGGCACUUUGUCACGCUUAACACUGGCUUUAUUUACAGCGGUGGCUCACCAGGAAAAGACUCUUCACCGGGGCGGGGAGGCGGGGCGGAGCCACCCGCCGGCCACGCCCUCCAGGACUGCACACCCGCCUCUCCAGGGACUUGCCCCCCCCCCUUUGACCUCGUGGUUCUGUGGAAACCAUGUGCACACACCUCCACUGUGUCGUACCCCGGGGCGGUUGCAUCCCGCAUGUCCCUGUCCGCCCGGCCCCUCGCCUCCGGAGGGCUGUUCACCAGAGGCGCUUCUCCUUGUCAUUUUUCUAUGGUGGACAAGCCUCGAGCUGAAAAGCUCUUUAUUUUCUUCGGCUAGAAAAUGUAAAGGUUUGUGAUUUUUUCCUUUUCACUUUUGUGUUUUUUAAGGGGCUGACCCCCUCAUCUCUGGAGGGCGUCUUGUGUUCUGACCCCAGAGGAUGGGGGGGCAGGCUUGACGUCUCACCCCCUUAGGGGCUCCCCCUUCCUUCCGCCUGUGCAAUGCCCCCCUCCUUCUUCUCCCAGGCAGGGGUGUCUGGUUCCUUCCCAAAGCGCUCAGUUGGAAAGAGUGUGGCUGCCGGCCGGCCGGCCUUGGCCCCGGCAGGAAGGGGGAGGCCGGCGCUGGGGGGGGGGUGCUCAGGUGAGCCGGGCCCCCUCCCCGGCUUUCGGAAUGGAGGCCUUGCCGAGAGGAUUGGUGCCUGCCCGUGUGUGUCCGUGGGGCCCGGGGCCUCCUCCUCCGGGCUUCCCUCCCGCAGCCAGAGCUCGGGAAGCUGAUUUGGGUUUGGCUCUUCGUGGGUUCCCUUUGGGCUGGGGUGUUCUUGCCUCAUCACAGCCACGGAACAGACAAAUCAUGAAUAAGCUAGAAUACUGCAAAAAAAAAUGUACACAUGAGAAACGUCUAGAUAGACAAAUACCUAUCUAGAGAUCAAGCAGCCUUGCGGAGUCCCGGAUGUCCGGACCCUUGGCAAAGGAUGAGCUCUGCCCGACUGGUUCCUGUGAGGGGCAAGGCCCUGGGCAGCGCCCCCUGCCCAGAGCCAGGCUGAGCCCCUCCAGCCCGGCGGCUCCGCACACGGCCCCGCAGGGGGCCCAGGAGCUCCUGGUUUUCAUGGCAAAGCUCCUCUACCAUCUGUUAAUUAAGUGCAAUAAUUUUUUUUUCUAGAAAAUGGCAAAGAUGACUUCCAGGUAGAGAUCGCGAUCUUUUGCUGUUGUUGGGGAUGCCAGAACACUACUUGGGUUUAUUUUUCUAAGUGCAUGUGUUGAGACGGGGCGUGGCCUCUGCCCUUCCCGGAAGCCAGCUUUCCGGCGGCCCCUGUCUCCCUUACUUUUGCCAGGGGAAGGAGGCCAGGAGAAAUCCCUUCUUCCUGCGCGGAGCGGGUAGGGGCAGAGCACAGCCCAUUGGCCUUAUGUGAGCGUGUGCGUGCGAGUGGAUCACUGCUGGCGGCCCGAGUGACGGGAGGGGAGCCGGGAAUGUAUGUAUCCUUUUCAAAAGAAAAGUAAAUAUUUUGAGAA